AGAAAAGUGCGGAUAACCUGCGUCGUCGAAGCGUUUGGACGAUGAAGUGUUUACGGAUUUUCCUCCCUGCUCUCCUUCUUGUCUCUGGUUUGGCAACAGUUCUGGCCGAGUCUGCACCUAAACACGUGUGUGAGACAAAAAAUGGAACAAGCUGCGACGACUGUCUGAAAAAUGUGACGUGCCUGUGGUGCACCACGACAAAGUCAUGUGUAACGUAUCCGGUGGGGACCAUCCUUCCACCUCAUUCACUCUGCCCGCUAAAUGACGCCCGCUGGGGGCUCUGCUGGAUGAAUUUCCAGACGCUGAUAAUCACCCUGUCUGUGCUUGGAGCAGUUCUCAUCAUUGCUAUCAUGGUCUGCAUGUUCUGCUGCUGCAAGUGUGAGAACUUUGGAUCCAAACGAUCUGAGGCCAAGAUGCAGAGGCAGGCCAAUAAGACGAAAGCCAAGCAGGAGGAAAGGAGAGCAGAAAUGAACAAGAGACACCAGGAGAUCAGGCAGAAAUAUGGACUGAAUGGGCCAAAUCCAUACGCAAGAUUUUCCUGAGAUCCACGUUUUGAGCUUUUG